GUGGAACAGAGACCAGAAGGAAAGCAAACAAGCGCGUCGUUAACUAGAACAUUAUUGCAGAUCUUAGCAGUGGUUUUCCUUGUUGAAAAGACGUGAUUUUCACCUAUUUUCUCAUGUAGUCGUGGCCGAGUGGUUAAGGCGAUGGACUAGAAAUCCAUUGGGGUCUCCCCGCGCAGGUUCGAAUCCUGCCGACUACGGGAACACAUUUUGACUACGUGUUUUUCCCUAAAUUUAAAUCUAUUUUUUUGUCUUUUCGACUAUUUUAAAGAAAAAGAAGCUGCUCAGAACAACAAAACGACUCUUUCUCAGCGCAAUAAACCGGAUAAAACCUAAGAGUCUCGCUUUAUCUCCUGCUAUCCGGACAAAUCUGCUGUAAAUCAAUGUUAGCUCGCAGGCUAAAAGUAAUGCUAAGCUAGCUGGGUUAGCUAACGCUAGCUAACCAAGGAAACAGUUUGGUCUUAUGACUCGGGUCGGAUUAGUUAGUUAGCAACGCGUAUAUUUUACACUCACAAGGAUUAUAAAAAAAAGCCAAAUGACAACGAAGCUACUUUAACGACUUUAAAACAUGCCAGAUGGACUUAUUACGAGCAGGCCUCUGCAAAAUGAGGCCACUGGUAUUGACCUACAAGUGCCACAGUACCAGGAGAUUAGAGGACCCAUGAUGACUGGCCAUGUGGAGUACCAGAUAGUUGUGGUCACCCGCCUGCCUUCCUUCAAGUCUUCUAAACACAAGCCAGGAGAUGUUGUGCAGCUGGUGGUCUCAAAGAAGUACAGUGAAAUUGAUGAGUUUUACUACAAACUAAUUGCGCAGUAUCCCAGCAUCCAUCUGCCUGCCAUGCCCCGCAAAGCCCUGUUUGUGGGUGAGACUGACAUCCGUGAACGACGAGCAGCUUUUGAUGAGCUCGUCCGAUUUAUUUCCAAACAUCCAACCUUGGCGACGUGUCCACAGCUCCUGGAGUUCUUGGGUGCAAAGAUUAAUGUCCGUGAUGUAACAACCUCAAACACACCAAAAUUAGUAGAGGAAGAUGAUGAUGAUGAUGAUGAGUUGGAUUUCUUUGGCAAAGAUGAGGCAACUACUAUUCAAUCUGACCGAAUCAAAAAGCCAGUGAAGGUAGUCAAGCCUCCUCAGAAGGUGGAAAUGAAGCAAGAGGAUGAUGAAGAUGACGAGGAGUUAUUUGACCCCUUAGGAGGCGUAAGGUCUAAGAAGCCUAAGCCUGUACAGUCCGUGCCCAAGCCUGCACCAAAACCCAAACUGUCCCUGUUUGAGGAUGAAGAUGACUCAGACAAGGAGCUCUUUCAUCCAGCGGUAAAGGACGGUAAAGUGAAACUGUUUGAGGAUCCAGAUUUGGGUGGACCCGUCACUGCUGGAGACUCUUUGCUUCUUUCUAAUGCGUACCAAAAGGGUGGAGCAUCUUCUCCUCCUAAACCUGAUGAAGAUGUGGAUGAGCUCUUUAGGGUGGAGGAGGAUUUGGACAAACUUCUAGCGAUCAGUAAACCUAUCAAACCAAAGCCAGACAUCACACCCAAACCCAAACCAGCCAUGAAACCCAAACCAGCUGUGAAGGCUAAACCAGCUGUGAAGGCCAAGCCAGCUGUUCCCCAGAAGCCUUCUUCCCUGGCACCAACCAGUGCAGCUCCUCCUCAGCCAGACUCUGCCCAGGCAAUGGAUCAGCUAGACAUCCUAAAGUACAUCCAGCAGAAUGAGGCUGCUGUCAGUGAGGACCUGGACCUGUUUUAGUUUUGCUCUUCAGGUACAAGAAAAUGCAGCAUAAUCAGAGUUUGUCACUCUUCAUCCAACCUUAAUCCCAGUUGAUACGGUGUUGAUGUAUCACUUUCUGCUUGUGUCAGAAGUCUUCAGCAUACCACGAACACCUAACAACCUCCUUGCUCUUUUUUUACUGAAAUGAAGCACUGAAAUGUUUAUUUCCAUCAGUGUUAUGCAAUGUGCAGUAUUUAUAGGGUGUAACAACUGUUGCAAGGGCAAAUUCUACAAAUACAUUUUAUAAUGUAUCUUUAAGGGCUGCAGAAUGAUCCAAUAUGGUGUUAAUGUAUAUUCGUUAAUUCAUUAAUAAUAAUUAUGCACUUUGUGUAUAGUAGGUAAAAUGAAUGAAAUCAGAUUCAGAAUCUAUAUCUGAUGGAAAAUGCCUGGACAUUUUUACUAAGCAAAUUGUAGCGUGACAAGCAUGAUUUGAUUUGCCUUACAUAACAUUGCACAUCCUGCCAUGUAACAAUUGCACAUGUGCACACUACAAUUAUGAUGCUGCAAGAUAUAUAACAUGUAGCACUAGUUCAUCAGCACUUGGUUUAUUGAGUAGGAAACUGAUAAUAGUGGAGCAUACUCGUUUAUAACAUGAUUUUGCGUUAUGAAUGAUUUUUGCAUUGAAGUACUUUUAAUCAGCACUAUUGAAACCUUUAUCUUUAUUUUUUGUGAAAAUGUUUCUACUGAAAUGAUGCUCUACAAAAUAUAUUAUUCAUUUUGUAUAUUUUCAGCACAACACUUGUAAAGGCAACUUACCUAAAUUAAAACAUUCUACAAACAAAUCAAGAUUGGGGAGACGCAGCCUACAUACAGUAGGUGAUGUAGACAUAGUGUAUUAAUUAGUUAUUUAGUCUAGUCGCUAAACUCCAGUUAUCAAACUGGAUCAUAUGUAUACUAUAUAACAAACAAAUGAACCAUGGUUUAGAUCCUGGUAUAUACUAAGAGGUUAUUGAGUAGGAAACUGAUAAUAGUGGAGCGUACUUGUUUAUAACAUGAUUUUGCUGUUUUAAUCAGCACUAUUGAAACCUUUAUCUUUAUUUUUUGUGAAAAUGUUUCUACUGAAAUUAUGCUCUACAAAAUAUAUUAUUCAAAUUGUAUAUUUUCUGUGAUUUUUUAUGUACAUUUUAGUAAUUUUGUGAUUUUUUAAUAGAGUGUUUUGUGAACAGAAAAGUACAAGAGAUGAAUCUUAAGACAUUGUGGCAUUUCUUUUGCAUGCUUGUAGCACUUCAGUGUCUUACGUAAGGCAGCAGAUCACUGCUAAUUGAAUAAAUGUCAGGAUUUUGAUGCAUCUUA